AUGGACGAGAGUCCCGGCAGUCGCCUGCAGCGAGAGAGCGCCGCCGCGUGGACUUCCUCUACCGACGGCCCCAGCUUCCUGCGCCAGAUUGUGCCCGCUGACUCGUCCAGCGACGCUGCUGACUCAGCCAACGGUGCUGCUGACACCUCGUCAGCGACUUCCGCAUCCGUAUCUCCAUCGCCUGAAACCAAGCAGUCCUCUGCUACUGCUGACUCCAGUGACACGGCCACAUCGCCUGGCAAGGGCACUAAAAGUGAGAACAAGCAGUCAGACCCAAAGCCGUUACAGCAGCAGCCGCCGCAGCAGCCGGAGGAGCAGCCGCAGCAGCAGCAGGCGGCGUCAUUCGGGCAGGUGCUACCCACUCAGGGUGACCUGGCGUCGCUACCCGACUGCACGCGGCAGCUCGCGGCGUUCCCCAAGCUGAACCGCUCCGACGAGGCUGUGAGGCGCUUUGCCUGCAUCGCCGACACCUACCUUCACCCCUGGAUGGGCUCGAGUUUGGUGAAGAAGGGCGGUGUAGGAGGGGCGGCGGAGGAGGAGGGGCCACGUGGCAUCAUCUCACAGGCCAUGCUGCAAUACAUGGCGUCUGAACCCGGGUUCAUGUCAUGUUCGGGUCACAUCCGCAUCAUUGACGGGCAGGUGUAUUUCCGCUACGGGGGCUUCCACUACCAGUGGGACCGUCUGCACCGCUUCGUGCAGUCCGUGAAGCUCAUCCAGGCCGCUAUCCGCCACUACUCCCUGCUCGCCCUGCGUGCCGAGUUCUUCCUCUCCACCUGCGACCUCCCCAAGAGCUUUGAUAGCUCGCUGAGUGGGAUCUUUGGCGGGCGGCCCAUCUUCAGCACGGAGUGGCUGCCGGGCACGCUGGAUAUCAUCGUGCCUGACCCGCUGGAUUUAUCGGAGAGCUACCAGGCUGGCAAGGACGCCAAGACCCCCUGGGAGCAGAAGGCGAGCAGGGCGGUGUUCAGGGGCGGCUUCACCAACUUCAAGCUGGGCCCCGACCACCGCUGGCGAGUCAGCCCACGCUAUCGCCUCCACCGGUCAGAUUCCCUCCACGCUCGCCCACGCCCUCCCACGCCCGCACAUGCCCGCCCAUACCCUCCCAUGCCUUGCCCUACCCCUUUUCCCGCCCAUACCUUCCACCUCUCGUCCGGCUUUGCUUGCUUUCUUGUGUUUCCUCUUGCCCUCAAUCGUCGGACAUUCAGCCACGCUGUGCUCUUCCCUCCCGCACUUGCUCUCUCCCUCGCUUCCCCCACUCUCACGGUUCCAUCCCAUGGGUGCCUUUUCCACAUCGCAUUGAAUUCUUUUGUUCAACUUUGGAUGAAUGAGUGGGUGGUGUGGUGGGCGGGGGCGGACUGCACGCGUGGCAGAAUGACGGAUGCGCGCCCAGACCUGCUGGAUGCUCGAGUCAUGCGCCUGCUCGUGGAUGACAAGACCAGAAACAUGGCGAUGGGAGACGGGUUGAGUGAGGCGGCCAAGAUGGAGAAGGCAGAGUCGCAGCGCUUCAAGUACGAGAUCGUUGUGGACGGCGGCGCUGGCUCCUGCCGCACCUGCGGUGUGCUGGGGAGUGACCAGGCCAUGAUUCGGCAGGACACGCCCUUUGCACAGUUCUACCAGCCGCUGCUGCAGCCGUGGCGGCACUUCAUCCCCACGGACCACUUUUUUGGGGACCUCUUUGACCGCGUCGAGUGGGCGAGACAGCACGACACCCAAGUGCGACGCAUGAUUGUCAACUCGCACCGCGUUGCCAAGUGGGGGUGCUCCCUGGAGGGCCGAAAGCUCUACUGGGCGGUCCUCCUCGUCAAGUACGCCGCCCAGGCCCUCGAAGACCCCUCCGCAGUCACCCGCCCGGACGUCGUCUCCACAUGCCCUGCGCCGCCCGCUAAGGACCGCAUGCGGCCGGCGCAGGAGGAGAGUGAGAUUGUGAGGCCGGAGGCGGGGUGGCCGCCGGUGUGUGCGGAUAAGGACGUGGCGCGGGUGAAGCAGCCGCCCUGCACUUUCUUCUGUGUGAAAGGACCCAUGCCACGCAACAGGCAGGUCUGGCUCAAUGCGGACCUCUUUGACUCGGUUGACUUUGUGGGCCCGCAUGUCGCUGACAUGGAUGAGUAG